CGUUAAAAAUUUGUAAAUGCAAUUAAAAUGUGAUACGAGAAGUGUCUAAAAAUAAAACAUUGAAAAAGUAACAUUUUCACCGCGUCGGAUUAUAAUUAGUGCAAUGGGUUUGAAACAUGAAAUAAUGCAUUAAAAAAAUAAUUACAGCGUUGGAAAUGUAAACGAUUAGUGUUUUUUGUGAAGUGUUUACGUGGAAAAUUCUUUGUCUCUUUGGAUUACAAUUUGAUAUGGAGAAACCCUCUUAUAAGCUGGUGGGUGCACCUUGCGGUCAACAUGGACAGUAUACAUUCUACAAGGCACUUCGAUUGUCAGGCAAGAGGGAGAGGAUAGUUGCCAUUGGAGACUUCUUCUUUGUCAGGAUAUGGCAGGAUUCAGAGCUCGUGUCAAUAGGUGAACUACAAUUGUUAUGGACAGAUCGUGUAUCGGACCAAACUCUUGUCAGUUUAAGGCUAUACUUCCUACCUGAAAAUACGCCUGAAGGGAGAUGUCAACAUGGAGAGGACGAAGUCCUCGCUAUCAAUGACAAAGUGGUCGUCAGAGCUGAGGACCUUCUCAGCUGGGUGUCCGAGGGCUCCGGUUGGCGGUGGGGGCUGCGCGCAGUGUGGCGCGGAGCCUGCGCCCCGCCAGCUGACCCAGCAGUGACAGCCCCCCUCCAUCAUACCAAACUUGACUUCAGUGAUGUGGAGAGAGAAAAGAAUGCUAUGAGUAUUGACGCGGAUAGUCCCGGAGUGAUGGUGUUCUCCUACCCCCGGUAUUGUAGGUACCGGGCAAUAAUCGCCCGACUCGAUGGUAUGCAAGCGGACUGGUUACGGGACUCUCUGGUUGCCGCAUUAGGAGGGUAUGCUGCGCCCACAAAGAAUACUAGGAUUUUAUAUUGCAAGGAAACAUUUGAGUAUCCAGAGUUAGAAGGGCAUGAAUUUGUUUGCAACCACCUCGCCCCGCGACUGAAAGGUCGGCCGCGUGGUCGCAGACGUCGCGCGAGGUCGCGCUCAGCUUCCAGAUCUGAUAGUGAUGAUCCUGAUGCUAUCAUGCCCAGAGAAUAUCCCUUGACGCCGCGACGUCUUUCUUUACGUAACGGUGGUCUUGAACGCCGGAGUGAUGAGGACAGCGAGGGCCAGGGGGAGGGACAGAGUGCAGAAGACAGGGAGUUCCUCCAGGAGCUGGGGAAGUUCCACAAGGAGAGGAAUGAGGACUAUAAUACUAUGAAACAUUUAUCGUUGCGUACAUUAUACGUGGGUGUGUGCGCCCGAGGUGGUUACGAGGCGGUAUGUCGCGCACGACUGUGGCCCGCUCUCAGCCAUGACCAGCCGGCGAGAGCUCGAAGACACUAUGAAAGAUAUUUACUACCUUUUGAAAAUCACGAAAGGAAAAAUGGCACUAAAUUCCAAAAGAUAAACGGCCAUGAGCCAAAUAUAGACACAAUUGAAUUAAAAGACUCACCUUUGAGAGAAUUGAACUCAAUAAAAGGACUGCCAGAUAAAAGAUUGAGAACUCCAUCUCCGAAGAAAGAGAGAGUAGUUCUAGAUAAUGAGACAGGAGAAGUUGUUAAGACAGAAGAAUUAAAUCUCACUUCCAAACCUGCAGAGGAAUUGAAUAGAGAAUUUUUAGAUUCUUUACCCAAAGAAGAUAAGCCUAGUUUGAAAAUUUCAGUAAAACCAGUGGAGGAAUUGAUUGAAAGUGACGGGAAAAGAGAUGGAUUCUUUAAUGAAUUGACGCAGAAACUUAAUUUGGCAAAUGCUGACGCAGCGUUACUGCACCAGCUGGCAGACAGAAAGAUGGUGAACGGCCAUCCCCCGCACCCGCCGCAUCAGCUACCCCCCACUUCAUCCCCACUUCUGCAAACAACCCACAUACCAGACCAGAGGAGCGGGCGUCCUUUGGGCCGUAGUUCUCUGCGCGCUGUGAGAGUGAAGCCCGCGCGCCCCCCGCCCCCACCACCCCCCGCACACCCCCCACCCCACAGCGCAUCAGUGCCAUUAAGGACGGAGUCAGCUUCCUCCCCACAACCAGCUCUCAAUAACUUUGGUAUCCACCACCCCCAAACACCCCCCAACGCCAGCCACAGCGACGACGAGAUUGUAGAGGUACCCUAUAAGCCAAAAACUCCAGAAAUAAUAGAUUUGGAUGAAUACCCUGAGAGCCCUCAGGGGGUCAAGAAGAAGAAACUCGAUAUACUAAAAGAACGCGGGCUGGAGGUGACCGCCGUGCCCCCCGCACCCCCCGCCUGGCCUCUCGCACCCCACAUGCCACCCCUCGCACCCCUCGUCCUCAACCCCGCCGUGCAGCAUCAGAUCAUGACCCAGGCGCAGCUGUUCCACAUGUACAACAUCCUCCCCCCACACCUCCCCAACGGAGUACAACCCCCAAAAGUCAUACAAGGCACGGGCAUCUUCGGCUCAACAGGACCAGAGAAAACCGUAUACGGCAACCCCAAAGACCCCUUCAUGCCACCCCCACAUGUCCUCCAUGGGGUCCCCGUCAAACCACAACGCGCUAUACAAACACCACCACCACAUGACGUACUAGACCUCACCUGCAAACUCACCCCCCAAACCCACAUCCCAGCAGUAGAAAUAGUAAGAGUACCACCCUCACCCCCAAAAGCACCAACCCCCCAAAAUCUAUCCAAAAACUACACAGUCAUCGACGGAAAAGCAGUCGUCGGCUCUAAUUUAGAAAUAACUCUAGUCAACCCCAAAUCCCAAACCCCACCGAAACGACCCCCACAAAAAAGGUCCUCCAACGGCAAAUUCAUGUCAGCGAAAACCCCAACACCCCCCAAAGAGUACCCAAAACCAUACCAAUCACCAGCUAAGAAGAACCCAAUCACCAUCCCAACUUACCAUACAAGAGACACCUCACCAAGUUCCACUGGCUCUAGGGACUCCAACUUAUCCCAUAAAAGUCCAAGUUUAGCUCAAAUGAUGGAACUUAAGUCAUCGAUGCCACCGAUGGCACCAUUUAUGGAUCCAGUGUACAUGAAUGCGUUGUACAAUAGCCUAGGUCAUAUGGACCAGAGACAGCUGGCGGUCUACCGAGACCUGGUCGCGAGCCAGUUCCGAGGGUAUACUGGUCUACUGAAUAUAGGGACUCCUACAACGAAGAAUUAGCUCUAGUCUUAAAGCCCGUUGCUGUUUUAUGGUCUUUUUUGUUCUGAUAUUUAAAAAGGAGAUUCAAAAAAAUAUACAUUUUAAAUGAUUGCUAUGUAUUAACCUAAAAAACACGUUGAUAUUUUAAAAUAAAUCUUUAGUUGCAUUUUUAAUACAAAAUCGAUAUAAUAAAAAAAAUCUACCAUUAAAAUUUGUAUUGCUUGGUGUCUAAUUUGACAACUGUCCUUUCAGAGAAAUAGGUGAAAAAAAUAUUGUCUCUUUUAUGUAUUAUUUGAAUUUCUAUAUGUAACCCCUUUAGUGGUUUUUUUAACUAAACAAGUCUUUUACUUUUGGUUUUUAUCCGAAUUGACAGAUGUAUACUUGUAGCCUUUCUGACGAUACAGAAAUUGUAUACAAUAAAUACAAGUGUCGUUGCAGUAAUACAUUUGACGUUUAAAUUCAAACUUAUAAAUUGCUUAGUAAAAACUUGAAUUUUAUUUGAUGAAAUAAUUUCUAAUAAAACUACGAAAAUAAAAUUUAAUAAUGGCAUUUUAUUUAAAGGAAUUAAACAUUUGGUCAAUUAUGUAUGAAUAAGUCAAAAUUAGUUUAAAUUGUCUCGUAGAUAUAAAUGUCCCUUAUUGGGUUUUUAAUUUGGUAUC